AUGCAGUAUUUUGUGUUGUUCCUGUUCUUUUUCUUCCUCUUUAGCUUCCCUGUCCAUGGAAGCUCUGAUGGCAAUAAAAUUCCCUUCCGUUACUGUUCCAAUGCCACCUUCUCACCAAAUUCCACCUACCUUUCCAAUCUCAAAAUCCUCUUUUCGGCUCUUUCAUCCAAUUCUUCUACCAAAUUAUAUCACAAUUCUUCCGCCGGCCGGCCCCCAAAUCCCACCGCUUAUGGCGACUUCCAAUGCUGUGGGGAUCUCGACGUCACCGCCUGCCGACAGUGCGUGGCCGCUGCCACCGCCAAUUCAUCGCAGGUUUUUUGCCCACUUAGUGUUGAGGCAGUUAUUUGGUUGGACAAGUGUGUUUUGCGGUAUUGCAAUCGAUCUUUCUUCUCCGUCAUGGAAGAUAGUCCGUCGGUUAAUACGUGCAAUGUUUUUUAUGUUGGGAAUGGGAAGGAUGUGGUGGAAGCGUUUGAGAAAGUUGUCAUCACAGCAUUGAACGCCACUGCAAAGAAGGCUUCAUCCAUGAGUGGGGCUUUGAAAUUUGCGACCGAGGAAGUGAAUUUCAAAGAUGCAACGGUUUACAUGUUGGCAGAGUGUAGUGGGGAUUUGUCCGAUUUUAACUGUGGGAAAUGCUUGAGACCUGCCCUUCAAGAUUUGCAGUAUUAUUGUAGUGGAAAAACGGGAGGUACAAUUGUCUCCUAG